AUGCCCUUGUUUGUCGAAUCUCCCAUUCCCCCUCAACUCGAUCUCACCGGUCCUCCUUCGCAAAUUUUUGCUCCCACGAGGUCGUCCGCCUCGUCGGCCCUGUAUCGCUCCAUUUCCAUAUCCUCGCGCAAACGAUGUCGCCACUACGAGUCCGGGGCUCGUGCCUGGACGGAUCCCUCCACCGACCUCAUCAGUGCCACUCCGCUCAGUUCCCCGGACAGUUAUCACCCUUCCUUGUCCCAUCUGGGGUCCGACGAUCUCCCCUCCGAGAGCGACUACUAUCGCCCAAACCGCUAUAAGGACUACCACCCACACCAUUUCGACGGCAGCAUCGAGUCUCUGACCGAGGCUAGCGAGGUCCGUCGCAAACGCAGCCGUCGGGAUCCCCAUACCUCGCUGGCGGCCCCGCCCGCUGCGAACGAGAAGAUCACUUUCCCCGACGACUACGGCCACCACGAUGACUACAACCCGGGGCUGUUGGCCCCCGCCGCCCCGGUCCGCUGGACACGCGCGGUGCUGGGCGUGGUAGGCAAAGUCUGGGGAUUUUGCUGGUCGGGCGCGUUUCGGGGAUUCUACGCCGGCGGAGGUCAAGGAUAUGCCAUGACGGUCGAGCAGGGUCCCUCGGAGAAGCAGGAUACCGUGCUUGCCUCUGCCUCGCCCAUGCGUCGCGAACGAGAUGCGACGCCGGUCCCCGGGGAGUAUCCAGAUGAUGAAAUCCGGCAGAACUGGGUGAUGGUGCCCUCGCGAGAUAACGGCGACGAUGCCGCAUCGUCGUCUCGCAAACGCCGAGUUCAGUCUCAUCAUCGUCGAGCUGGCUCCGCACUCAUGCGUCACCGACAGUCGGGAAAUCGGACCCUCCUGUCGGCUCCUUCGUCUUCGGGGCUACCCACAGCGCACUUUUCUUCGCCCGCUAAACCCCGUGAGACUCCUGUUUCGGUGGAAACGCAGCGAUACAUGGCUCAGCGCUGUCGGAUCGAGCGCGAGGAAGAUGCUAGUCUACGUCGCUUGAACCGCCAGCUUCAAGCCAUGAUUAAAGAGGGACAACAGGCCCUGGGAACCCGCGUGGAGGUUGACGAUUACAUGGAAGAUUGA